AUGAAGGUCGAAGAGCUCAUCAUAGAUGGAUUCAAGUCCUAUGCCACACGAACGGUGAUCUCCGACUGGGACCCUCAGUUUAAUGCUAUAACCGGCCUCAACGGAUCUGGAAAGUCCAACAUACUGGAUGCCAUAUGCUUCGUACUCGGUAUCUCAUCUAUGGCAACAGUCAGGGCAUCAAAUCUCCAGGACCUCAUCUACAAGAGGGGCCAAGCGGGCGUAACCAAAGCGAGUGUGACGAUCGUAUUUACCAACGACGACAAAGCUAACUCUCCUAUUGGGUUCGAGAGCUACCCCAAGAUUUCUGUUACAAGGCAAAUAGUUCUGGGAGGCACAAGUAAAUACCUUAUUAAUGGUCAUCGAGCUCAGCAACAAACUGUACUUCAUCUUUUCCAAUCGGUUCAACUCAACAUCAACAAUCCAAACUUUCUGAUCAUGCAAGGAAAAAUCACAAAGGUUCUGAAUAUGAAGCCUUCAGAAAUACUGUCUCUAAUCGAAGAAGCUGCUGGUACUAAGAUGUUUGAGGAUCGCAGGGAAAAGGCAGAGCGAACCAUGAAUAAAAAGGAAACAAAACUGCAGGAGAUUAGGACUUUACUCAUUGAAGAAAUAGAACCCAAGUUGAACAAACUUAGGAAUGAGAAGAGAGCAUUCUUAGAAUUCCAGGAGACGCAGUCCGACUUCGAAAAAACGUCCAGAAUCGUAAAUGCCUUCACCUACAGCACAUUAGCCCAAAGUCGCAAGAAUUUUGAAGAAACUUUCAAGAGCAACGAAAGUCGCAUUGAACAGCUCGAGGAAGCUAUUCAAAAGACGCGGCAAGGGAUGACUAAUCUCGAAGAGGAUCUUGAUGUAGCGCGAACUCAAAAAAGGAACGAAAUGGGGAAAAACGGCAAGUUAGGUCAACUUGAAGCACUUGAGAACCAACUUAAUAACGACUUGUCGAGACUGAAAGCCUCGCUGACCAUUACAACGGACAAUUUGAAUGAAGAAAAUGUUAGACGCGAAAGCCUCGAAAGAAGUAUCUGCGACUAUGAAUCAUCUCUAGAAAAGAAUACCACACACUCAAAAAAUACGGAGGAUGAAUACUUAUCACUUAAUAACCUGGUCAGCAAUCUGGAGAAGCAACUUCAAACCAAAGAAGAGCUAUUAUCCACACUGACAACAGGCAUUUCCUCCACCGGUGCUACUACGAGCGGUUACAAUUUACAGUUAAGUUCUGCGAAGGCAAGAUUCAAUGAUGCGCAAGUUCAAGUUCAAAGGUUUGGCAUGAAGAUAGAUCUUUUGAGGAAGGAGCUUUCUGCUAACGAGCCUAAGCUGGCAAAGGCCAAAUCUAUAUGUGAAGAAGCAAAGAAAGAGAUUGAAGCGCACCGAAUGCAAUGCUCGAAACUGAACGCGCAUUUAGAGAAACUCGGCUUUAACCCAGAUCUCUUUAAGCAACUAAAGGAGGAGGAAUCAACUCUUAGACAAAGUAUUUACAAGUUAUCAAGUGAAAUGGAAAGCUUGAAAAGAAGAGUCGCCAAUAUCGAGUUCACAUACUCAAAGCCCUCUGAAAAUUUCAAUCCCUCGUCUGUAAAAGGUGUCGCUGCUCAACUGUUUUCGCUGGACGAGAAAAAUUAUUCAAGCGCCACUGCACUGCAAGUCUGUGCUGGAGGCAGACUUUUCAAUGUGGUAGUAGAUAACGAAGGUACUGCAUCACAACUGUUAGAACGUGGAAGAUUGCGCAAAAGAGUAACAAUCAUCCCGCUGAAUAAGAUAUCUGCACGAAGCUUACACCAAAAUGCAGUCAAAGCCGCCAAGGAGCUUGCUCCAGGAAAUGUUGAGCUUGCUUUGAACCUGAUUGGCUAUGAAGAGGAGGUUUCAAAAGCGAUGGAAUUUAUUUUUGGCACAAGCUUGAUAUGUCAAGAUGCGGAAACUGCAAAGAAGGUGACAUUCCAUCCUCGAGUGCGAGCUAGGAGUAUAACGUUACAGGGCGACAUUUACGACCCAGAGGGCACUCUUUCUGGUGGGAGCAGGAAUAACAGCAGUUCCUUCCUUAUCGACAUUCAGAAAUUCAACUCCAUAUCUAAGAAAGUUAUCGACUUGGAGAAUAAACUUGCAGACGUGAUCGGAAGGAUCAAACAAUACUCUGAAAUAUCGGUAAAAACAAAAAGUGUGCAAAACGAACUCAAUUUGGCUACACAUAAGCUGCAUCUUGCUAACCGAAGCCUUGAAAAUAACCCGUCGGCUCAGCUGCUAGCAAGGAACAAGGAAAUACAGGAAGAAAUUGAAAACUGUACUGAAUCGAUGAAGAAUGGUCGCGAAGAUGUGAGACGGCUUGAAGGCGAAGUCUCGAGGAUCGAAAAAGACAUCGAAGAGUUUAGUAAGGAUAAGGGCUCGAAAUUAGAUGAGCUGAAAAACGAAGUGACAAGUAUAAGCAAACAAAUCGAACAAAAGAAAAUCGUACUUGAGAAAAAGGAGGAUGUAAAUCAAACUCUACAGCUAAAAAUGGAUCAACUAAAGUCUGAUAUCUCAUCAGCUCGUGAUGGGAUCAAGGAGUCACUCGAAGUUUCUAAAGAACUUGACGAGAAAAGGGUCCAAGUUGAAGGGAACCUCGAAUUGACCUCAGGACAGUUAAGUGAAACAAAAGCCGAGGUACUUGAAGAGAAAAAAAGAUUGUACGAAAUUGAUGAGGAAAUGAGAGUACUUGCAGAUCUACUGAGAACAAAAGGUGAAGGUCUUAAAAAUGACGAAGUUGAAUUGAAAAAACUUUCAAACGAAGUCAGCAAACUCGCAAACAGUACCCACUCAGUUGAAGAACGCAUCCAGCUCUUACUCCGGGAGGAACAGUGGUUAGCCGAUGAAGGAUUGGUGUCAAGUAUCGUAGUUCAAAACCAAGGGAUAAACUUGGCGGAAUACCGCCAACGCGCCGAGCAACUAGGUGAAAAGUUCAACAACAUGAAAAGAAAAGUUAACCCUAAUAUCAUGAGUAUGAUCGAGAGUGUCGAGAAAAAGGAGUCUGCCUUGAAAACAAUGAUAACUACUAUUGAGAAAGACAAAACAAAAAUUCAAGACACUAUAGCCAAACUGAAUGAAUACAAGCGCGAGACCCUGAUCAAAACCUGGGAAAAAGUGACUGUGGACUUUGGGCAGGUAUUUAGUGAACUUCUCCCGAAUUCGUUUGCGAAGCUAGUGCCGUUAGAAGGCAAGGAUGUUACGGAGGGUCUUGAGGUCAAAAUACAGCUUGGAAACAUAUGGAAGGAAAGUUUAGUUGAACUAUCAGGUGGCCAAAGGUCUCUUAUUGCACUCUCUUUAAUUUUGGCUUUAUUACAAUUUAAGCCAGCGCCAAUGUACAUUCUCGACGAGGUUGAUGCUGCUCUUGAUCUGAGCCACACUCAGAACAUUGGCCACUUGAUUAAAACGAGAUUCAAAGGCUCACAGUUUAUUGUUGUCUCUCUAAAGGAAGGUAUGUUUACUAACGCAAACCGCGUCUUCAAAACAAGAUUUCAGGAUGGGACAUCAGUUGUCAGCGCUAUGUAG